AUGAUAUCGAUAUAUGAAUUUUGGAAAUUCAAGUGGUCGAAACGGAAAAGCAGCUAUGAGCAAGGUAGCAGUGUUUGGGAACUAGUCAGUCAAAUUUGUAUAUCCACUGCUCUAGUUAUAGCAUGGCUGGCUAUAAGACCAGUACAAAAUGGUUGGAAAUCAUCCAUCAUCUGCCCUAUUGUUACCAAUGAGCGCCAGGUUCUGCUUUGGCUACGGAUAUUAGCAGCUAUGAUAGACUCUGCCAUCGUAAUAAUGGCAGAAAAGCUGGCUAAUAUGCCUAUACGUCAGUCAAGUGGGCCAAGCUUGCCAUUUACAACAAAAUGGGGAUUACUUCUACUGGGAACAACAGUUUCAUGGGCAAUUGGAAAGUCUGGGGCAUACCUCCUUUCAACACCAAAGGAGGAGCCGUUAUUUUCCCCAAACAUAUUUUCUAAUUUUGAUAGGAUAAUUUUACGGUUCCUAUUGGUGUCCAUAUCUAUCAUAUCCGCGUCUAAAUGGGUAUGCCCCAAACCCCCGCUUCCUGUUCUUUACCUCAGCUUGGUUUCAUGUCUUCCUAACUGUCUCAGCCAUUAA